AUGGACACCGUUAGUGGUAGUCCUUGGGCAUCAGUUCAGAGAAACAGACUGCUCCCAAUCCACACGUCAAGAGAACCUGCCGACACUGAGUGGACGCCGCCCGCCGGUUCUCCGGUGGAGGAGCCCGUGAGCCCUACAGCAAGAGCCAUGGAAGAUAUAGGUAUUUAUAUCGUCGUCACGAUCGGCCUCGACACGCCGAUAAACCUGACCACCUUCCGAGCCGGCAUGGAAGCUAUGCUUGCCCGAUGCCCGCGCUAUGGAUGCAUUCAAGUGGCGGAUGGGUUAAACAAUGGCGAGGCGCGAUGGGCGCGCACUACUGUGAACGUCCAAGAUCACAUGAUCGUGCCGAAGCUGGACCGAGCGACCGACCCAGACAAGGCCGUGGAGGACUAUGUCGCCUCGCUGUCCACGCUCCCCAUGGACUGCUCCCGCCCGCCAUGGGAGUUCCACUUCCUCGACUUCCCGAGCUCCGAGGCGGCCUCCACGGUGGCCAUCCGCGUGCACCACGCCUACGGCGAUGGUAUGUCUACUUUGGCGCUUCUCAUGAUGUCCACGCGCAGCGCCGCUGCCGACACCAAAAGCCAUCCAGCCGCGCCUCCGCAUCGUCGUCCAACACGCAUGGGCGCCAUAUACGCCCCGCAACGCCCCCCACUUUCCAUGGGCACCCUGGCGUUCGUCGCGUGGGUCUUGUCGUACCUUGUGCUCGCGUGGAACACCGCGGCAGACAUUGCCUACUUCGCCGCCACGAUUAUGUUCUUGAGUGACCAGCGCACACUGUUCAAGCGUGCCGACGACGACGGGUUCCACGCCAAGCGCUUCGUCCACCGGAGUCUUAGCCUUGAUGACGUCAAGUUCCUCAAGAAUUCCAUGAACUGUACUGUCAAUGACGUGCUGGUAGCAGUGACUUCUGCUGCUCUGUCACGAUAUUACUUCCGCAAGUCCGGUGAGCCUAACACUACGAAAAUCUGUGUGCGAUCACUCCUUCCUGUCAACACAAGGCCAGCCACUAGUCUACAGACAUAUGUUAAUGUGAUAGAAUCUGAUACGAGAAACGAGGUGACAUGGGGAAAUAAACUGGGCUACAUCAUUCUUCCAUUCUAUCUAGCCACACACGAUGAUCCACUUGCAUACAUUCGCAAAGCAAAGAAGGUUCUGGAUAGGAAAAAGAGGUCCUUAGAAGUGAUAUUCACAUAUAAGAUUGCUCAGAUUUUCAUGAAAGUUUUUGGUGUCAAGGUAGGAACUUCUAUCUUUCGGUGCCUCUUUGCACGUACAACAAUAGUUUUCUCAAACAUGGUUGGACCAACCGAACAAGUAGAAUUAUGUGGACACCCAGUGGCUUUCAUUGCACCUAGCGUCUAUGGGAUUCCAGAGGCUUUGAUUAUUCACUACCAAAGCUACAGAAGCAAAAUCAAGAUAAUUCUAUCAGUAGAGGAGGACAAGUUUCCAGACUAUCAUCAACUCUUGGAUGACUUUGACCAGACCCUCGCGGUCAUGAUGGAUGCAGCUUCAAGACUUUCAACAUCGACCAAGAAUGACUGAGUAACAGGCAACUAAAUCAGGACCCUACCUCCACUCCUUCGCGCCAAAUAAUAUAUAUUUUGUGUGUGUGUGUCAUGUGUACAACUCCUAGUGUUUACUUCAAAUAAAGAUAUAACACCUCCCACUGUUUGCAUGCAAUGAAGAAAAUUAGUGUAUAAGAAAACAGUUCUUGGAUA